AUGUAUGACGACUGGGACGAUAGUGCUCCUGUAAUAACUACUCCCGCUUCCAAUCAGCCAUGGAUGGCAAAAAAUCAAGAAAAUUCUGAUGUGUGGUCUAAUAAUACAUCAUCUGGUAAUGAAAGACCCUACAAUAAUCAACGGACAAGACAAUUCACUAGAGGAGGAGGAGGUACUCGUGGUAGUAGAACUGAUAGAGGAGACCCCCCUGGAGGCAGUGGCAAUAACUGGAGGGAAAGGGACAGUAGUGAAAAGUGUGAAGUUAUGAAUGUUCCCAACAGGUUUGUUGGAAAAAUUAUUGGACGUGGCGGUUCCAAAAUUGGUGAACUUCAGACAGAAUCUGGUGCUAGAAUUCAGGUAACUAAAGAAACUGAUGGUGAUGAAACAGUAGUUAAACUAUUUGGAGAAGUUAGUGCUAUUGCAAAAGCCAAAGAUUUGAUCAAUGAUUUGACUACAGAUACUGUCAGGUUUGUACAGGCAAAAGAUAUACCUCAAGAACAAGAAGAAAAGAAACCUGCUAUUGUUGAUUGGCAAACCUUCUUGGCAGAGUGUGAUAAGGCUGAGGAUGAAGAGUGGGCAAAAUAUCCAGCAAUCAGGAAGAAUUUUUAUAAAGAGCACCCUGAAAUCACAAAAAUGUCACAGUCAGAAGUAGACAGCUUUCGUGAAGAGAAUAUGAAUAUUGUGGUGGAUAGGACUUUCAAAAAGGAUGGAAGUCUUCCUAUACCUAAACCAUGUCCUAAAUUUUAUCACUCCUUUCACCAAUUUCCUGAAAUUCUUGAGGAAAUUAGAAAAGCUGGAUUUGAGACACCUUCUCCUAUACAAGCACAAGCUUGGCCUGUACUUUUAAGUGGAGAAGAUUUGAUUGGAAUAGCACAAACUGGAACAGGCAAAACCCUUGCAUUUCUUUUGCCUGCUCUCAUCCAUAUUGAUGGGCAAGAUGGUGAACGUGAGAAUAGAGGGGGCCCUGCAGUGCUAGUCAUGGCCCCUACCAGAGAACUGGCCCUUCAGAUUGACAAAGAGAUCAAGAAAUAUGAGUACAGAGGUAUCACAUCAGUUUGUUUGUAUGGAGGAGGCAAUCGAAGGGAACAAGUCAAAGUGGUAGGAGGGGGUGUUGACAUCGUCAUUGCUACCCCUGGACGGUUGAAUGAUUUGGUGUGUGCAGGUCACCUCAACGUCAAGACGGUGACAUACGUGGUGCUCGACGAGGCCGACCGCAUGCUGGACAUGGGCUUCGAGCCGCAGAUCCGCAAAGUGAUGUACUCAAUAAGGCCGACGAGGCAGACGGUGAUGACCAGCGCCACCUGGCCGAUGGGCGUGCGCCGGCUCGCGCAGUCCUACAUGAGCGACCCCAUACAGGUUUACAUCGGUACGCUGGAUCUGGCUGCCACACAUACUGUCACGCAGGUCAUUCAGCUGAUGCCCGAUGAGGAGAGUGCCAAGAUGGAAGCGAUUAUGGACUUCGCCCACAACAUGGGGCCCGACCAGAAGGUGAUCGUUUUCUGCGGCAAGAAGUCUCGCGCAGACGAGCUGUCCUCCGAGCUGGUGCUGGCCGGCAUCAACUGUCAGACGAUACACGGCGACAGGGAUCAGUCGGACAGAGAACAGGCGCUGGUCGACAUCAAGGACGGGACCGUGCAGAUCCUCAUAGCGACGGACGUCGCAUCGAGAGGAUUGGACAUUGAUGAUAUAACUCAUGUGAUCAACUAUGAUUUUCCGAGAAAUAUAGAAGAGUACGUACAUAGAGUCGGCAGAACAGGUAGAGCAGGUAAAUACGGAGAGUCGAUAAGCUAUUUCACGAGAAGCGAUUGGGCACAAGCCAAGGAACUCAUCAAAAUCUUGGAGGAAGCCCAACAGUAUGUACCUGAAGAGGUCCAUCAAAUGGCGGAACGUUAUAACGUUUGGAAAGAGAAGAAAGACAAGGAGAGAGAAAGUGGUGGGGGCGGCGGCAGGGGCCGCGGAGGCGGAGGAUAUGGUGGUGGGGGAGGAUAUGGUGGUGGGGGAGGAUAUGGGGGAGGAGGAGGUAGGGGUGGAUAUGGUGGAGGGGGAGGUAGGGGAGGGGGUCGAAGAUGGUGA